CUUGAGUUCCUUAUAAGUCGGGAAAGCAUGCAGGAUUCUCUACAUGCUUGCAUUCAUCGCUAUCAAACCCAACCCUCAAGUAUACCUCAGCCCCUGAUGGACGCGAAAGCAUCAGUCAGGCUUGUGCGGUUGGAUGCUCCAAUCAACGGCCGACCCGCAGUUUAGGCGUCACCUUGCGUUGCUGUGGUGCCCCGCAACCACAUCACCACCACCACCCCUGACUUGAUGCCCCUCCAUGGUAAAGGUAGGCAGCGCACGCUCAGGCACCAUCCCAGCUGGGCCCCCAUUCUGAAUCAAAACAGCACGCAAAACGUCUCUAAAGCGUCUCUUUUGUGUCGACGCCCUGGCUGUUUUCUCAACCAAAACAAUCAGUCACUCGAGAGCCAUUUUGCAUAGCCCUCCAUCAUGUCGAUCGAAAUCGAAAAGAUCCUAGCUGCGGCCCCAUCCACAACGCGAGGCCAGCCGACACAGCUCUCUUGCGAUCCCAAAGGGGAGCGCAUAGCCUAUGCGUCCGGCAAGUCCAUUUUCCUCCGUUCCAUCGACGACCCUUCCAUCAGCAAACAAUAUACCGGCCAUACAGCAACCACCACCGUCGCCAAGUUUUCGCCCUCGGGCUUCUGGGUGGCCUCGGGUGACGUCUCGGGCAAGGUACGGGUCUGGGAUGCCGUCGAGGCGGUCAACACCAAGGGCGAGUACGCCAUCAUCUCGGGCCGCAUUACCGACAUCGCCUGGGACGGCGACAGCCAGCGCGUCAUUGCCGUCGGCGACGGCCGUGAGCGCUUCGGCCACUGCUUCACCGCCGAUAGCGGCAACAGCGUCGGAGAAGUCAGCGGGCACAGCAAGGUUGUCAAUGCGGUGACCAUCCGCCAGCAGCGUCCGCUGAGGGCGGCCACCGUGUCGGACGACAGCACCAUGUGCUUUUUGCACGGCGCGCCGUUCAAGUUCGCGAGCAAGGCGGCGGGGUUGCACAAGGGCUUUGUGAUGGGCGCGGCGUUCAGCCCGGACGGGACCGCUCUGGUUACCGUGGGCGCGGACAGGAGGAUCCAGCUGUACGACGGCAAGACGGGCGAGCCGACGAAGCAGAUCGGCGAGGGCGUUCACACGGGCAGCAUAUUUGCUGUUAGCUGGGCGAAGGACUCGAAGCGGUUUGUCACGGCGAGCGCCGACCAAACGGUGCGGGUGUGGGAUGUCGAGGCGGGAGAAUGCGUGCAGACGUGGAGGAUCGGAGAGGAAGGCAGCGUCAGCGUCGACAACCAACAGGUCGGCGUGGUGUGGCCUCACGGGAGGAGCGACGGACUCAUCAUCAGCCUGAGCUUGAGCGGCGACCUCAAUUAUCUCAAGGAAGGGAGUGACAAGCCCGUCAGGGUCGUGCAGGGGCAUAACAAGAGCGUCACCGCGCUGGGUGCAGCGUCCGGAGGAAAGGGGGAGGUCGUCGCGACGGGCAGCUUCGACGGUAAGGUCUGCAGAUGGGACGUCUCGACAGGCAUCGGCACUGUUGUUGAGGGUCAAUCCCACUCGAAUCAGAUCACGCAGUUUGCCGUUGGCGCGGGGCAAACAUACAGCAUCGGCUGGGACGACACCCUGCGUACCAUCCAAGAGUCGACAAACAACUUCGUCGGCACCCCCACAAAACUCCCCUCUCAGCCCAAGGGCAUCGCCAUCUCGGCCAAGCACACAAUCGUCGCUCUCAGCGACAGCAUCGCCGUGUACGCCGACAAUCAGCUACUCUCCCAGCUCCCGACUAGCUACACCCCAAGCGCCAUUGCCGCGCACGGCUCGUUCGUCGCCGUCGGCACGGCGAACAACGCCGUCGAAAUCUACACCCUCGACAGCACCUCGGGGCAAUUAACACCUUCCCACACGCUCACGAACUCUACUUCCGCCAUCUCGACCCUUGCCUUCUCCCCCGACGGCGCGCACCUCGCAGCGGGCAACGCCUCGGGCAAGAUCGUCGUCUACCAGACAGGGAGCGGGAGCCAGCCGUGGCCGGUAGCGACGGAUCGAUGGUCGGCCCACACGGCGCGGGUGCUGAGCAUCGCUUGGAACAGCGCCGGCACGCACGCGGCCAGCGGCGGGCUGGACACCAAGGUGCACAUCUGGAGCCUGGAGAAGCCCGGGAACAGGCUAAAGGCGGCCAACGCGCACAAGGACGGGGUCUACGGCGUCGCGUGGGUGAGCGAGCACCAAGUGGUGAGUACGGGCGGCGACGCGGCGGUCAAGGUGUGGGAAGUGAAGGGGCUGCAAUGAGCGAUGAAAGCCACAAUCGUUUUGAAGCAGGGAUCAUCGAGAGUACCGAACCAUCCUGUUAUGAUUGUGGGUAGAUGAACGUGAGAGUACGUAAUGUUCUUUCUGCCCAACCAUGCGACUCAAACUGUUCAAAUUCCUCUUAAGUCUUCGUAGUGAUUCCAACCCCAGGUCAGUAAAGGGGGGUAUCCUUUCCCAACUAUUGUAUGAUCGUAAACAGCCGGCCUGGUCCGCAAAGACGAGGCAAUCCCCUUUCAACUCAUGAGAACAGGCUGCCGCGAUGCCUGGGCU